AACAAAAACUCAUGGUUUUUAUCACUUUAUUUAAACAAAAAUUUCUGUAACACAAUAUUCCCCACAGCCGGAAAGCCCACAAACAUACAAUUUUCCCCUGCUCGUCCGUCUAAUUCUCCCACUCCGACCAAUUUCGACGGCCUCGCCAUCGAUUUUUCGUUUGCAAUACCCAUAGCUGAACGGCAAACAACGGCGGGCCUGAUUUCCCAUCCCGGCCAGCAUUUUACCAUAUAAAGAAGCCGGCGGUGGAAUGGCGAGAAUUCACGUUCUGUGGAGAGAACGAAUAUAAGCUUUACCUCUACAAGAUCCCCCAUCCCUUUGCCGUCUAUGUACUCAUGUCAUGACCCCUCAAUCCGCCACAAUUCUCUUUCAUCCUCGCAAUGGUUACCUCUACCCAGCCCCCUUCACCCGGCGACGUUCUCAUCGUCGGCAACUACUGCCACGACCUUUUGAUUCAUGACUCCGCCGUCAAGGCCGAAUCCCUCGGCGGCGCCGCUUCCUUCAUAUCCAACAUCUUCAACGAAAUGUCAAUCCCUUGCAUGUUGAUCUCAAAGGUCGGCGAUGAUUUCCGGUACCCGGUUAAUCACCCUCCCAUCGUCUCCCCGGGCGCCAGAACCACCGUCUUCCACGCCUACUUCGAUUCGGGUCCGCCAGGGAGCGGGCGCCCCGACCGGGUGUUGAAAAGGGUUUGUUCGUGCGACCCGAUUCUCCCGGCGGAUCUUCCCGAGGCGAAGUUCGCGUUUGGAAUGGCGGUUGGGGUUGGCGGGGAGGUGUUGCCGGAGACGCUGGAGAAGAUGAUCCAGAUCUGCGAUUUGGUGUUCGUCGAUGUCCAGGCGUUGAUCAGGGAUUUCGAUGAGGUGGAUGGAACGGUGAAGCUGGUGAAGCUGCGGGAGACGGGGUUCUUUCGGCUGCUGCCGCUGAUUGGGGUUCUGAAGGUUUCAUCGGAGGAGGCCCUGUUCUUGGACCUGGAGGAGGUGAGGAAAUUGUGUUGCGUGGUGGUGACGAAUGGGAAAGAUGGGUGUACUGUGUAUUCGAAAGAUGGGAAUACCAAGAUUUCGCCAUUCCUGGCCAGCCAGAAGGAUCCGACGGGUGCAGGGGAUAGCUAUUUGGGUGGAUUUGUGGCCGGCUUGGUUCAUGGCUUGGCUGUUCCUGAUGCUGCCUUGUUGGGGAACUUCUUUGGUGCACUUACUGUUGAGCAAAUUGGAUUGCCACGGUUCUCCGCUAGGGUAACGCAGAGAGUGAGAGAAGAGGUGCAGAAAAGGAAGAUGCAGCUCCAAGAAGGCAGUGCCAACGGGCUGAAUUUCUUUAGACCGGUCGGACACGAACAGUUCGAGGCAUCCCUUUGUGCAUCAAGAACAGUCCUUCAAUGCUCAGUUCAAGAAUGUCACUGGCAUCCUCCAGGUUCCUAUGCAGCGAUAGAGCAAGACAUCCAACUGCUCAAAUGCACAGGCGCGGGACAGUCUAUCGAAACUAUGUAUGAGCAAGUCUCAACUUCUGACUCUACAUCCGGCGGUUGAUGGCAUUCCUCUGCCGUUCUGUUGUACUUCUCCUGUUUUCUGGUAUUUCUUCAUAGAAGCAGCCU